AUGGCGUCUCGCUUGGCUCGAAGCGCCGUCGGCGCCAACCUUCUCCGGCCGACCGUCGCCCGACGAACCGUGCCUGCUCUCACCGCGCUCACGACCGCCCGCCACUCGUCCAGCGUCCCGACCGAGGACCCCAAGAAGAAGGCCCAGUCCAUCGUCGAUGCGCUCCCCGGCAGCAGCCUCCUCUCCAAGACCGCCAUCCUCUCCAGCGCUGCCGGUCUCUCCGUUUACGCCAUCAGCAAUGAGUACUACGUGAUGAACGAGGAGACCGUCGUGGCCUUCUGCCUUCUCGCCGUCUGGGGUGGUCUCAUCAAGUACGUCGGUCCUCUGUACUCGCAGUGGGCCAACGGCCAGAACGACAAGAUCAAGAACAUCCUCAACCAGGCUAGGGCCGACCAUACCGCCGCCGUCCAGAGCCGCAUUGAGGAUGUGAAGCAGAUGGAGGGUGUUGUCGACAUCACCAAGACCCUCUUCGAGAUUUCGAAGGAAACCGCCAAGCUCGAGGCCGAGGCUUUCGAGCUCGAGCAGAAGACUGCCCUUGCCGCCGAGGCCAAGGCUGUCCUCGACUCCUGGGUCCGAUACGAGGGCCAGGUUAAGCAGCGACAACAGAAGGAGCUUGCCGAGAGCAUCAUCGCCAAUGUGGAAAGGGAUCUCAAGAACCCCAAGGUCCUUCAGCAGAUCCUCCAGCAGAGCGUUGCGGAUGUUGAGAGAAUUGUUUCCUCCAAGGCCCAAUAG